AUGGCGGACCGUUCGCACAGGAAGGAUAACGCCGCAACGGCGACGAUGAAGACGCUGCCGAAUUUCGAGAUCGAUCGAUUGAGGCAUCUGUUAACGUUGCCAGCUGAGGCUUCGGUGGACACGGCUGAGGUCAAGAAGUCGCUGCUGGAGCACAUCGUCAAAAAUGAGAUGUAUCCCUACCUGGAGCGUCUGCGCGAGCAGAUGCCGGUGAUGUGUGACGUGCCGGCAAUGGAGGACCUGCGCGAAGUUAACGCAAAGACGCUGGCUGAGCUCGAUGAGAAGAUCGAGUUUGCUCAGAAGAACUUCGGCUCGUCCGAAGUCAAGGACGCCGUGCUCGAGAAAGCAAACUACUACCUGAAGAUUGGUGACCACGAGAAGGCGGUAUCGCAAUAUGAGUCUGCGCUGAGCCAGACUGUGGGAGUGAACAGCAAGCUGGAGAUCGUGCUGUGCUUGCUGCGCGUCGCAUUCUUCUUCAACGACGUCCCUCUGUUGAUGAAGUACAUGGAGCGCGCAAAGAAGGACAUCGAGAACCGUGGCGAUUGGGAGAUUCGCAACCGCCUCCACAUAUACGAGUCGCUUCAGCUGAUCAUUUGCCGCAAGUUCAAGCCGGCUGCGGAGCUCUUGCUGAACUCGCUGUCCACAUUCACGGCGACUGAGCUGAUCACGUUGGAGGAGCUGGUGUUGUACACUGUCGUGCUGUCGCUGAUAACGAUGGACCGCCCGACCAUACGCAGCAAGCUGCUGGAGUCAGCCGAGGUGGCACAGGUGGCUGCGGAGGGCUCCGUGCUGCACCACCUGAUCCACGACUUCUACCACUGCAACUACAAGAACUUCAUGUUGAGCUUGGUGCGCACUUCGGAGUUGGUGCUCAGGGACCGCUACAUGGCGCGCUACUGCAAGUACUUUUUGCGCCAGGCGCGUCUCCCGGCCUACAGGCAGUUCCUGCGGCCGUACAAGUCCGUGACCAUAGAGAACAUGGCGCACGCCUUCCAGCUGCCAGCUGAGUUUUUGGAGCGCGAGCUCGUCUCCUACAUCAGCGGCAUGCGCCUGGACUGCAAAAUCGACCUGGUGAACGGCAUCAUCGAGAACAGCAUAAUGGACGAUCGCAAUACCAACUACAUCGAGAUUGUGAAGGAGGGCGACCUGCUGAUCAACCGCAUCCAGAAGCUGUCGCGCAUCUUCGACAUGUGA